AUGAGAUACACCAAUCCGAGAGUUCAAUUUCAUUAUUUAUUAAAUGAUGAUUUAGCUGAAUUAGGUUCCAAUUUUCAUUUUGUUAAUAUUCAAUCUUUGAUCAAUUUAGAUUAUGUCGACAAUGAACCAUCACAAGGUCUUGGUCAGUAUAUAUUUACUUCGAUUGUUAUUAAUCAUCCUCGAUUUAAUCGAUAUCACUAUUCUAGUACUACGUUUCGUGAAAUGAAGAUUAUAAAGAAAGAUCUUGAAGAAUACAAUAAAGGAAAUAUUGUUUUAACUCGUUCAUUUCUUUCUACAUCGAAAGAUCGAUCUAUUGCUAAACUAUUUAUUGAUUGUACUAAUAAUGAAAUUCAUCUAUCAGUUAUGUGUAUCUUUAAAGUUAUUAAUCCAGGAUCAAGUCUUUUCAUUGAAAAACUAAGUCAUAUCGGAGAUGAAAAAUAA